AUGUAUUCGCUAGGAUUGAUGUUGCUAAUGGUAAAUUUAGCAUUAGGGUAAGAUUUUACUGCUCUUGAUGAUUAUGUGGAAUUAUAAAUAGAGUAGAAAAGAUUUCCAGGAGCUGUCAUUGGAAUACAAGAUGGAAAUUAUCAAUAUACUUUUAAAUAUGGAAGAACUGAAUAUCCAGGAGAUCCAGAAGACUAAGCUCUGUUGAAAACAUCAAUUUUUGAUUUAGCAAGUGUAAGUAAAGUUGUUGGAUGCACUACAGCAGCAAUGUUGCUUUGGGAAUAAGGCAGAUUAAAUGUCGAAGAGUCAGUUUAAUAUUACGUACCAGAGUUUCCUCAUCCAACAGUUCGAAUAAGACAUCUAUUACUACAUAAUUCAGGUUUGCCAGCUGAUGCCCCCUUAGGAAAUAGAAUAUGGACUAAAGAAGAAGUGUUGGAUUGGUUAUACACAAAAAGUACUUUGUUGUCAACACCUGGCCAAAAAUAUCUCUAUAGUGAUUUGAGUAUGGUGACAUUACAACAAGUAAUCGAAAGAAUUACAGAAACAACUUUAGAUGUUUAUUUGGAUGAGAAUAUUUUCAAACCUCUUGGUAUGCAAUCAACUAUGUUCAAUCCUUCUGCUGAUUUAAAAUAUCGUAUACCUCCAACUUAAAGAGAUGAAGUAGUCAGAAAAAGAUUGAUAUGGGGGGAAGUACAUGAUCCAACAGCAUUUUAUUUAGAAGGAGUGUCUGGUAAUGCAGGGUUAUUUUCAACUGUUUAUGAUCUAUUAAAAUUUAUGUAGAUGAUGUUAGGAAAGAACUCAUUGUUUAAAUAUGAGACAUUACUAUAUUGGACCAAAGUAGAAGAAGGAUUACCCUAUGCAAAUAGCAGAGCAUUAGGUUGGGACACUGUUCCAAUUUAGACUUACCCACCUUGUGGUAGUAAAUUCUCAAAAAAUUCAUUUGGACACACUGGAUACACUGGAACAUCUGUUUGGGCUGAUAGAGAUACUGAUCUCAUCGUUGUUAUCCUAACCAAUAGAGUCUAUCCAGAUGAUAAAACCAGUGUUGUAUAAUUCAGAUAUGAAGUUACAAACAUAAUCGUCGAUAUAUUAAAAAAAUAGCAUGAAUUAACAUAAUGA